ACAAAAACAUCCAAUUAAUUUUAUCAAUUAUAUCUCUCUAAUUCCUUCCAUUUUCUUGAGCUCCAACAACAUGUGUUGCUCAAGUGCAAAACUUCUUAUCCUUGUGGUCAUGGCUGCUUCCAUGUUGGGAGUUAGCAUGGCCAACAGGGACUGGACCUACAGGCAUAACAAAACAGCAGGUUGGGGUUGGGGGCCCUGGGGCUCCCACCAUCAACCCAACCGUACAGGUAACUCCAAGAAGAUCAUCGUUGGUGGAUCGGAUAACUGGCACUUUGGCGUUAAUUACACUGAUUGGGCAUCUAAGAAUGCACCCUUUUACUUCAAUGAUACUCUAGUGUUCAAGUAUGAUUCUCCAAAUGUGACAUUUUCUCACAGUGUGUACUUGCUGCCAAACCUAUGGAGCUUCAUUAACUGCGACUUUAGCCAAGCCAAGAUGGUUGCCAAUAUAACAGAGGGGCGUGGGAACGGGUUUGAGUUCGUGUUGAAACAGUGGCGGCCUCACUACUUCGCUUGCGGUGAAGGCCCUAAUCGUUUCCACUGCAAGAACGGCAACAUGAAAUUCUUUGUGAUGCCGCUGCUUCGUUGGCCUUAGUGUUAGCUAACGGCAGGGAAGGGGCAGUGCGGUGUUUCGUUUUUGUUUCUGUUGACAAAAAGAACUAAUGAACGUGUCUUCUGCUGCUUUGAGUUUUAUGUUUCUUUUCCAAAAAUAAGAGAGGACAUAGUAGUACUACUGAUUUUCAUUUUUGGUGAAUUGUUUUCUUAAAAAUUCUCUGUUUGAAGACUGCUCUUGUGACACUAUUGAAUGAAUGAAAUGGUUCCCU